AUCGAUCUACCACGCCAUCUAUGUACAUAUCCAUCGAUAUAUCAAGCCAUCGAUCUACAGAUUAAUGGAUCUACAAAUCCAUAAAGCUACCGAUUUAUUAAUCUACAGAUCAACCGACUAGAUCCACUGAUCUACAGAUCCACCGAUCAGGAUCUAUACAGUUACCGAUCCACAAAAACAUCGAUUUACCCAUCUAGCGAUCUACAGCUCCAUAGAUCUAGUCAUCUACACCUCUACCCUUCUAGCGAUCUACACAUCCACUUAUCAAGUGAUCUACCGAUCCACCGAUCUAGCAAUCUACAGAUCCACCGAUCUAGCAAUCUACAGAUCCACCGAUCUAGCCAUCUACAGAUCCACCAAUCAGCGAUCUGCAGAUCCAUAGAUCUAGUGACCUACAGCUCCACCGCUCUAGCGAUCUACAGAUCCACUGACCAACUGAUCUACCGAUCCACCGAACUAGCGAUCUACAGAUCCAUAGAUCUAGUGAUCCAAAGCUCCACCGUUCUGGCGAUCUACAGAUCCACUUAUCAAGUGACAUAGCGAUCUACAGAUCCACCGAUCUACCGAUCUACAGAUCCACUUAUCAAGUGAUCUACCGAUCCACCGCUCUAGCGAUCUACAGAUCCAUAGAUCUAGUGAUCUACAGCUCCACCGUUCUAGCGAUCUACAGAUCCACUUAUCAAGUGAUCUACUGAUCCACCGAUCUAGCGAUCUACAGAUCCACCGAUCUAGCGAUCUACAGAUCCACGAAUCUAGCAAUCUACAGAUCCAGCGAGCCACAGAUCUAGCGAUCUAGCGAUCUACAGAUCCAUAGAUCUAGUGAUCUACAGCUCCACCGUUCUAGCGAUCUACAGAUCCACUUAUCAAGUGAUCUACCGAUCUAGCGAUCUUCAGAUCCACCGAUCUAGCGAUCUACAGAUCCACCGAUCUAGCCAUCUACAGAUCCACGGAUCUAGCAAUCUACAGAUCCAGCGAGCCACAGAUCUCGCGAUCUAGCGAUCUACUGAUCCAUAGAUCUAGUGAUCUACAGCUCCACCACCGUUCUACCGAUCUACAGAUCCACCGAUCUAACGAUCUACAGAUCCACUGAUCGAGCCAUCUACAGAUCCAUAGAUCUAGUGAUCUACAGCUCCACGGUUCUAGCGAUCUACAGAUCCAUAGAUCAAGUGAUCCACGAUCAGCGAUCCACCAGAUCCACCCACCACCGAUCUAACCAUCUACAGAUCCACUGAUCCAGCGAUCUACAAAUCCAUAGAUCUAGUGAUCUACAGCUCCACGGUCCUAGCGAUCUACAGAUCCACUUAUCAAGUGAUCCACCGAUCUAGCGAUCUAAAGAUCCACCAAUCCACAGAUUUACCGAUCUAGCGAUCUACAGAUCCAUAGAUCUAGUGAUCUACAGCUCCACCGUUCUAGCGAUCUACAGAUCCACUUAUCAAGUGAUCCACCGAUCUAGAGAUCUAGAGAUCCACCGAUCCACCGAUCCACCGAUGUAGCGAUCUACAGAUCCAUAGAUCUAGUGAUCUACAGCUCCACCGUUCUGGCGAUUACAGAUCCACUUAUCAAGUAAUCUACCGAUCCACCGGUCUAGCGAUCUACAGAUCCACCGAUCAAGCGAUCUACAGAUCCACGGAUAUAGCAACCUACAGAUCCAGCGAGCCACAAAUCUACCGAUCUAGCGAUCUACAGAUCCAUAGAUCUAGUGAUCUACAGCUCCACCGUUCUAGCGAUCUACAGAUCCACUCAUCAAGUGAUCUACCGAUCUAGCGAUCCUCAGAUCCACCAAUCUAGCGAUCUAUAGAUCCACGGAUCUAGCAAUCUACAGAUCCAGCGAGCCACAGAUCUAACGAUCUAACGAUCUGCUGAUCCAUAGAUGUAGUGAUCUACAGCUCCACCACCGUUCUAGCGAUUUACAGAUCCACUUAUCAAGCGAUCUACCGAUCCACCGAUCUAACGAUCUACAGAUCCACUGAUCCAGCGAUCUACAGAUCCAUAGAUCUAGUGAUCUACAGCUGCACGGUUCUAGCGCUCUACAGAUCCACUUAUCAAGUGAUCCACCGAUCUAGCGAUCUACAGAUCCACCGAUCCACAGAUCUACCGAUCUAGCGAUCUAGCGAUCUAGCGAUCUACCGAUCCAUAGAUCUAGCUAUCUACAGAUCCACCGAUCUAGCGAUCUACAGAUCCAUAGAUCCAGUGAUCUACAGCUCCACUGUUCUGGCGAUCUACAGAUCCACUCAUCAUGUGGUGCACCGAUCCCCCGGUCUAGCGAUCUACAAAUCCACCGAUCUAGCGAUCUACAGGUCCACCGAUCUAGCGAUCUACAGAUCCAUAGAUCUACUGAUCUACAGCUCCACAGUUCUGGCGAUCUACAGAUCCACUUAUCAAGUGAUCUACCGAUCCACCGAUCUAGCGAUCUACAGAUACACCGAUCUACCGAUCUACAGAUCCACCGACCUAGCAAUCUACAGAUCCAGCGAUCUAGCGAUCUACGGAUCCAAAGAUCUAGCUAUCUACAGCUCCACCGUUCUGGCGAUCUACAGAUCCAUUUAUCAAGUAACAUACCGAUCUAGCGAUCUACAGAUCCACCGAUCUAGCGAUCUACAGAUCCAUAGAUCUAGUGAUCUACAGCUCCACCGUUGUAGCGAUCUACAGAUCCACUUAUCAAUUGAUCCACCGAUCUAGCGAUCUACAGAUCCACCGAUUCACAGAUUUACCGAUCUAGCGAUCUACCGAUCUACAGAUCCACCGAUCUAACGAUCUACAGAUCCACUGAUCCAGCGAUCUACAGAUCCAUAGAUCUAGUGAUCUACAGCUCCACGGUUCUAGCGAUCUACAGAUCCACUUAUCAAGUGAUCCACCGAUCUAGCGAUCUACAGAUCCACCAAUCCACAGAUUUACCGAUCUAGUGAUCUACAGAUCCAUAGAUCUAGUGAUCUACAGCUCCACCGUUCUAGCGAUCUACAGAUCCACUUAUCAAGUGAUCCACCGAUCUAGAGAUCUAGAGAUCCACCGAUCCACCGAUGUAGCGAUCUACAGAUCCAUAGAUCUAGUGAUCUACAGCUCCACUGUUCUGGCGAUCUACAGAUCCACUUAUCAAGUAAUCUACCGAUCCACCGGUCUAGCGAUCUACAGAUCCACCGAUCUAGCGAUCUACAGAUCCACGGAUAUAGCAAUCUACAAAUCCCGCGAGCCACAAAUCUAGCGAUCUAGCGAUCUACAGAUCCAUAGAUCUAGUGAUCUACAGCUCCACCGUUCUAGCGAUCUACAGAUCCACUUAUCAAGUGAUCUACCGAUCUAGCGAUCCUCAGAUCCACCGAUCUAGCGAUCUAUAGAUCCACGGAUCUAGCAAUCUACAGAUCCAGCGAGCCACAGAUCUAACGAUCUAACGAUCUGCUGAUCCAUAGAUGUAGUGAUCUACAGCUCCACCACCGUUCUAGCGAUUUACAGAUCCACUUAUCAACCGAUCAAAAUUUCUAAAGCAUCUUAUUAUUCUAAUGCAUUUAUUCAAUCUAAGGGUAAUCCUCGAAAAACGUGGCAAACCUUUAAUGAGCUUACAUCCCGUCGUGUGAAUAAUACAACGGUGAAAGAACUGAAAUUGAAUGAUACCAUUAUCUCUAAUUCUAGUGAGCUUUCUGAUGCUUUUAAUGACCAUUUUUCAACAAUUGGGCCCAGACUUGCUAAUGAAAUACCUCUAACUGCUGAAAAUAAUUCAAGUUAUAUCAAUAAUAUAAAGGUAAAUAACAACAAUUUCAGCUUCUCCUCGACUAACUGCAGCAUUGUUUUCUCACAUCUAAACAAAUUAUGUCGAUCUAAAGCAACUGGUCUUGAUAAUAUUUCUGCUAAAAUUGUACGUGAAGAUGCUGAUCUUAUUUCAGUUUCACUAUGUGAUCUCUUUAAUAAAUCUUUAGUCUCUGGUAUAUUUCCUGAUGAUUGGAAAUGUGCUAGAGUUACUCCGUUGUUCAAGGAAGGUGAGCCAUCUGAUCUGAAUAAUUAUCGACCUAUUUCAGUCAUUUCCGUUAUAGCUAAAGUGUUUGAAAGGAUUGUUUAUGAUCAGUUGUAUAACUUUUUGACCAAUGAAGAUAUCAUUUCUAAUCAUCAAUCGGGUUUUCUCUCGUUACACUCAACUGCAACUGCCCUUCUGGAAGCUACGGAUAAUUGGGCCUUUAAUAUUGAUCGUGGCGUUAAUGCUGUGGUUUUCCUCGAUUUAAAAAGGCUUUCGACACCGUUGACCACGAUAUCCUUCUAGCUAAAAUGAACCUUUACGGAAUACAAGGUACAGCUCUUGAUUGGUUUAGGUCGUAUUUAACUAAUCGUACACAACGAUGUCUUGUUAACGGUUCUCUUUCUAGAAUCUUCUCUUAAAUGUUACCGCAAGGAACAAUCCUUGGCCCCUUUUAUUUCUUAUUUAUAUUAAUGACUUGCCAAACUGUUUUACUUCGUGCCAGCCUAGAAUGUAUGCCGAUGACACCCACAUUACUUAUGCUGGCGUUGAUGUGAAUUCAAUACAGUUAACUCUGAGUCACGAUUUAGAUAACCUAAACAAAUGGCUUAUUUCCAAUAAACUUACUUUGAACACUUCUAAAACUGAAUUCAUGCUAAUUGGCUCCAGACAAAAUUGAGUACUUUGUCGAACCCACUUGAGCUCUCGAUUAAUAAUGUUCCGAUAGAACACGUUUCCUCUGUCAAAUCGCUUGGAAUAUUUAUUGAUGAAAAUCUACGGUGGCAAAAACACAUUGAUAAAUUAUCUAAAAAAAAGGUCGCUUCCGGAAUUGGAGCAAUAAAAAGAAUUAGACCUUUUGUCCCUCCACCUACCCUUCACUAUAUAUACAACUCACUAAUUCAAUCUCAUUUCGAUUAUUGCAAUCUUGUCUGGGGUAAUUGUGGUAAAACAUUAUUUGACAGGCUACAGAAGCUUCAGAACCGUGCCGCUCGCGUUUUAACCUUCUCUAGCUAUGAUGCUGAUGCUAACCGUUUGAUUAGACAACUCGAUUGGAAAGACUUGAGCACUCAAUUUCAAAUACAGAAAUCCAUAAUGGUAUACAAGUCUUCAAAUGGCCUUGUUCCUGAAUAUUUAUCAUCUAAGUUUGUUAAACGAAAUGAAACGCGUUACUCCCUGAGGGACUCUGUUAACAAACUAUUUGUCCCAUUUCCGCGAACUAAUUUCAUGAAAAACAGCUUUACUUAUAGCGGAGCAGUUCUCUGGAACAGCCUACCCUGUCAUGUGAGAGAAGCCGAAUCUCUUAGUCAAUUUAAAAGAUUAGUUAAUGUUCACUUUUAAUGUUAUACACGGCAUUCAUGAAAAACAGGUUUUAGUUAGAUUAGUUGUAGUCAGGUUUUAAUUUUGUUUAGGAUAGUUAGGUUAUUUUUAAUUUUUUAAAUUCCUGAUGGAUUUUACCGUGUUUAAAUAAAGAUUGACUUGACUUGACUUGACUUGAUCUACCGAUCCACCGAUCUUACGAUCUACAGAUCCACUGAUCCAGCGAUCUACAGAUCCAUAGAUCUAGUGAUCUACAGCUCCACGGUUCUAGCACUCUACAGAUCCACUUAUCAAGUGAUCCAUUGAUCUAGCGAUCUACAGAUCCACCGAUGCACAGAUCUAGCGAUCUAGCGAUCUACCGAUCCAUAGAUCUAGCGAUCUACAGAUCCACCGAUCUAGCGAUCUACAGAUCCAUAGAUCUAGUGAUCUACAUCUCCACAGUUCUGGCGAUCUACAGAUCCACUUAUCAAGUGAUCUACCGAUCCACCGAUCUAGCGAUCUACAGAUACACCGAUCUACCGAUCUACAGAUCCACCGAUCUAGCAAUCUACAGAUCCAGCGAUCUAGCGAUCUACAGAUCCAUAGAUCUAGCUAUCUACAGCUCCACCGUUCUGGCGAUCUACAGAUCCAUUUAUCAAGUAACAUACCGAUCUAGCGAUCUACAGAUCCACCGAUCUAGCGAUCUACAGAUCCAUAGAUCUAGUGAUCUACAGCUCCACCGUUCUAGCGAUCUACAGAUCCACUUAUCAAUUGAUCCACCGAUCUAGCGAUCUACAGAUCCACCGAUUCACAGAUUUACCGAUCUAGCGAUCUAGCGAUCUACAGAUCCAUAGAUCUAGUGAUCUACAGCUCCACCGUUCUAGCGAUCUACAGAUCCACUUAUCAAGUGAUCCACCGAUCUAGCGAUCUACAGAUCCACCGACCUAGCGAUCUACAGAUCCCUAGAUCUAGUGAUCUACAGCUCCACCGUUCUGGCGAUCUACAGAUCCACCGAUCCACCGAUCUAGCAAUCUACAGAUCCACAGAUUUACCGAUCUAGCGAUCUAGGGAUCUACAGAUCCAUAGAUCUAGUGAUCUACAGCUCCACCGUUCUAGCGAUCUACAGAUCCACUUAUCAAGUAAUCCACCGAUCUAGCGAUCUACAGAUCCACCGAUCCACCGAUCUAGCGAUCUACAGAUCCAUAGAUCUAGUGAUCUACAGCUCCACCGUUCUGGCGAUCGACAGAUCCACUUAUCAAGUGGUCUACCGAUCCACCGAUCUAACGAUCUACAGAUGCUCUGAUCCAGCGAUCUACAAAUCCAUAGAUCUAGUGAUCUACAUCUCCACGGUUCUAGCGAUCUACAGAUCCACUUAUCAAGUGAUCCACCGAUCUAGCGAUCUACAGAUCCAUAGAUCUAGUAAUGUACAGCUCCACCGUUCUGGCGAUCUACAGAUCCACUUAUCAAGUAAUCUACCGAUCCACCGGUCUAGCGAUCUACAGAUCCACCGAUCUAGCGAUCUACAGAUCCACGGAUCUAGCAAUCUACAGAUCCAGCGAGCCACAAAUCUAGCGAUCUACAGAUCCAUAGAUCUAGUGAUCUAAUGCUCCACCGUUCUAGCGAUGUACAGGUCCACUUAUCAAGUGAUCUACCAAUCUAGCGAUCCUCAGAUCCACCGAUCUAGCGAUGUAUAGAUCCACGGAUCUAGCAAUUUACAGAUCCAGCGAGCCACAGAUCUAGCGAUCUAACGAUGUACUGAUCCAUAGAUCUAGUGAUCUACAGCUCCACCACCGUUCUAGCGAUCUACAGAUCCACUUAUCAAGCGAUCUACCGAUCCACCGAUCUAACGAUCUACAGAUCCACUGAUCUAGCGAUCUACAGAUCCAUAGAUCUAGUGAUCUACAGCUCCACGGUUCCAGCGCUCUACAGAUCCACUUAUCAAGUGAUCAACCGAUCUAGCGAUCUACAGAUCCACCGAUCCUUAGAUCUACCGAUCUAGCGAUCUACCGAUCCAUAGCUCUAGUGAUCUACAGCUCCACCGUUUUAGCGAUCUACGGAUCCACUUAUCAAGUGAUCUACCGAUCUAGCGAUCUUCAGAUCCACGGAUCUAGCAAUCUACAGAUCCAGCGAGCCUUAGAUCUUGGGAUCUAGCGAUCUACAGAUCUAUAGAUCUAGUGAUCUACAGCUCCUCCGUUCUAGCGAUCAACAGAUCCACUUAUCAGGUGAUCUACCGAUCCACCGAUCUAGCGAUCUACAGAUCCACCGAUCUAGCGAUUUACAGAUCCAUAGAUCUAGUAAUCUUCAGCUCCACCAUUCUAGCGAUCUACAGAUCCACUUAUCAGGUGAUCCACCGAUCUAGCGAUCUACAAAUUCACUGAUUUAGCGAAUUACAGAUCAACCGAUAUAGCGAUCUACUGAUCCACCGAUCAAGCGAUCUACAGAUCCAUAGAUUUAGGGCUCUACAGCUUCACUGUUCUAGCGAUCUACAGAUCCACGGAUCUCGCAAUCUACAGAUCCAGCGAGCCACAGAUCUUGGGAUCUAGCGAUCUACGGAUCCAUAGAUCUAGUGAUCUACAGCUCCACCGGUUUAGCGAUCUACAGAUCCACUUAUCAAGUGAUCUACCGAUCCACCGAUCUAGCGAUCUACAGAUCCACCUAUCUAGCGCUUUAAAGAUCCACCUAUCCACAGAUCUACCGAUCUAGCUAUCUAGCAAUCUACAGAUUUAUAGAUCUAGUGAUAUACAGCUCCACCGUUUUAGCGAUCUACAGAUCCAGUUAUCAAGUGAUCUGCCGAUCUAGCGAUCUACAGAUUCACCGAUCUAGUGAUCUACAGAUCCACUGAUAUAGCAAUCUUCAGAUCCAGCGAUCCAUAGAUCUAGCGAUCUACAGAUCCAUAGAUCUAGUGAUCUACAGCUCUAUUGGUCUACCGAUCUAGCGAUCUACAGAUCCACUGAUUCACCGAUCUACAGAUCUACCGAUCUACCGAUCCACCGAUGUAGCGAUCAACAGAUUCACCGAUCUAGCGAUCUACAGAUCCACCGAUAUAGGGAUCUACAGAUCAACUGAUCAAGCGAUCUACCGAUCCACUGAUCUAGCGAUCUGCAGAUCCAUUGAUCUACCGAUCUUUCGAUCUACUGAUCCACCCAUCCACGGAUCUAGCGAUUUGGAAAUUCACCGAUCUAGCGAUCUAAAGAUCUAUCGAUUCACCGAUCCAGGGAUCUGCAGAUCCAAUGAUCUAGCGAUCUAAAGAUCCACUCAUCUAGUGAUCUACAGAUUCUCCGAUCAAGGGAUCUACCUUCCGCCGAUCUAGCGACCUACAAAUCUACCGAUCUAGCGAUCUACAGAUCCACCGGUCCACCGAUAUAGCCAACUAGUGAUCCACCGAUCAGGGGAUCUACCUUCCACCGAUCUAGCGAUCUACAUAUCCACUGUUCUAGCGAUAUAGCGAUCCAUAGGUCUACCGAUGCAGCGAUCUACCGAUCUAGCGAUCUGCAGAUUCACCGAUCUAGCGAUCUACAGAUUCUCCGAUCUCGCGACCUACAGAUCUAUUGUUCCACUUAUCUAGCGAUCUACAGAUCCACCGAUAUAGCGAUCUACAGAUCAACCGAUCAAGCGAUCUAGCAAUCCACUGAUCUAGCGAUCUACAGAUCCAUUGAUCUACCGAUCUAUCGAUCUACUGAUCCACCCAUCCACCGAUCUUGCGAUCUACAGGUUAACUGAUCUACAGAGCUACCGAUCUACAGAUCCACCGAUCCAGGGAUCUACAGAUCCUCCGAUGUAGCGAUCUAGAAAUCUACCGAUCUAGCGAUCUACAGACGCACCGAUCAAGCGAUCCACCGAUCCACUGAUCUAGCGAGCUGCAGGUCCACUGAUCUAGUGAUCUAUUGAUCCAUCGAUCUAGCGAUCUACUGAUCUACCGAUCCAGCGAUCUACAAAUCCACCGAUUAGGCGAUCUACAGAUCCACUGAUUAAGCGAUCUACCGAUCCAGCUACCGAUCUACCGAUCUAGCGAUCUACAGAUCUACCGAUAAGGCGAUCUACUGAUUCACCUAUCUAGCGAUCUACAGAUCUAUCGAUGUACAGAUCCACCGAUUAAACGAUCCACUGAUCUAGCGGUCUGCCGUUGUACCUUUCUAUCGAUCUACAGAUCCACCGAUCUAGCGAUCUACAGAUCCACUGAUCUAGCAAUCUACAGAUCCACUAAUCUAGCGAUCUACCGAUCCGCGCGCCGAUCAAGAGAUCUCCAGAUCCAAAGAUCUAGCUAUCUACAGAUCCACCGUUCUAGAAUUCUAAAGAUUCACCAAUCUAGCGAUCUGCUAGUUCACCGUUCCAGCAAUCUACGGAGCCAUCGAUCUACUGAUCCACGGAUAAAGAAUAGAAUAGAAUAGAAUUAGAAUAGAAUAGAAUGGAAAAUUUUAUUCAAUCACAGUGACUUUAAUCAAAAAUUACAAUAAGUUGCACUGUUGUUCUUUUGAAAAGCCGUGAAUUACAAUGUUACAAAAACACUAUUUAAAAUAUAUACAAAUAUAUAUCAAUAUCUGAAGUAUUUUUAUGAACUAUCUAUGAACAAAAUAAAGUGAAACGUUUGAUUACAGUGUAAAGCUAAAAAUCGAUAAAGAGAUCGAGGAUUCUAAUUUGUUUUUAAAAGCUGCAGUGGAUUUUUCACCCUUCAAAUUGUCCGGUAGCGCAUUCCAAACUUUAGCCCCAGUCUGGGCAAAGCUAUUCCGGUAGUAAUUUGUUUUAACUGCUGGCAAAGCUAAAUUCCACCUUGGGGUCCUAAGAUUAUAUAUCGAUCGUCCAAUAUUACUCGCAAAAAUUUCCUCUAAAUAGGCUGGGGUCAUACCAUUAAAAAUUUUAAACAUCAUAAGAGCUUUUUGUUGGUUUCUCCUCUCUUUAAGAUUAGUCCAACCGAGCCUACUUAACAAUUCAGUUGUCGAGGUCAGAUAAUCAGCACCUGUGAUUAUUCGUGUAGCACGAUUUUGCAACUUUUGAAGUUUGUCGAUGAGACGGUCGCUGAUGGCGUCCCCACAUAAUACUACAAUAGUCAAAGUACGGUUCGACAAUCGGCUGAUAAACACUUAUCAGGUUGAAAGUAGGAACAAAUGGCCUAAUCUUUUUUAAAACUCCUGUUCCAGAUGAUACCUUUUUCGAAACACUUGUAAUGUUACUAUCUAACGUCAGAAACUCGUCAAUUUCUACACCUAAACGUUUGCUACUGCCUACGUUUUUUAAAAUGAAAUUCCGUUUAUAAGAAGAUCAAGCUCUUGUCCUUGUGUGACAGUAGCAAUUCUUUGUCUAGAAACGACCAACAUAUUAAGCUACAGAUCCAUCGAUCUACAGAUCCACCGAUUUAUAAUCCACCGAUCUACAGAUUCACCAACCAGGAUGUACAGAGCCAUCGAUCCACAGAAACAUCGAUCUGCAGAUCUACCGAUCUACGGAUUGAUAUCGAUUACGGUGAAAAUUAUCGAUUAUCGGUUUAUCGUUUAGCUACGUAUGGCAUUACGGCCCUCAAGUCAUGAAAUUUGAGCCUGCCCCGGUAAUACGGCCAAUUUUUUUUGGCCCAGUAGUGACCGUAUUAACGCGGUUACACUGUACAAAUAGAAGGUAAAAAAUUUCAGUCUUUCAUCAAUACUAAGCUCUCAUAUUCUUGUAUUGUGUAAACACAUUACAAUUGUUGUCAUGUUUUUACUGUUAUUUUUAAGAAAGGGGCAAUAUCAAGCUAUUUGCUAUCUUUUGUAAAAAGGUUAUACGUGUCUUGGCAUCUAUUGAAUUUCAGAAAUAAUGGUUCAGUUUAGUUAUUUUAAAACUAUUGCAGCCCGCAACAGGAAAUAACGGUACAUUUCUACCGGUUUUUACUGCAUUUCGAUAUUAUUAUGUCUGUUUACUUUUCAGAACGCUUGUGUGGGAUAAGAAUGGGACAACGUACAGAGGAUUUGCAGACAUCGCAGCCGCUCUUGAGAAGUUAGUUUUAUUAAUUUGAACGUCAGGCGAAACAUUAGGCCAACGUUUACUUAAUGGCUACCAAGCGUGCGACGAGCGACUUUUUUUGGCCCGAGGUUUAAUUUAGACUUUGCAAUAUUGCGUACAACAGUGGACGUUGUUCACGAUAUCCGCCAUCUUGGCAGGGGCGUAAGGAUUAAUGGGAUAAAAGUAGUGUCGCGUAGUUUCUCAAGGGGCAAACAGCCGUUAAAAGCUGCCAAUGCAAGUGAUCGCAACCGGGUUUGUUUAUUCUCUCAAAAUGAGCAAACAAUUUCAGCCUUGUAAAAGGUGCCGAUCGCGUUCCAUCAAGCCGUUUCUUCAUUAUUUUCUAACCUGUGAGGAUAUCUACGAUGGUUGGGGCUUUCAAAUUAAUUCCGCAAUGAUUAUCUCCACCCAUAUUUUGACAAAAUCGCCUUUAAAAUUUCUAGUUACUUUAUUUUCUGUUAUGUGGAAUAAUCAAUUGUGAUCAGUUACCAAUGACUCAUUUUUACCGUUGUUAAGACCAAUAGUUUAGUAUUGUUUCUUAUUUUACAUUACUGUGAUUAAUAUAUUGUUUUAAUCUAUUUUAGCUUUUGCAAAAAACUGUAAAUUCGUAUGGUUAUGUAAAUAAAACUGGUUGAUGACGGGAGUAACCCUGAUCAUGACAAGUUUUCAUUUUUAUCUAAUACAACUGUGGUGGCAAUUUUUCCAAAACUUGUUUAUUGCGACGUAGUUUAUGCUCAAACUUGGGAGGUAUUGACCCUGAAAAACUGUAUAGAGCCACCUUAAUCAAUACACAUGUGACUAAUUUCUAUCCACUCCGCUGAUUACUUGCAGUAAUUUUACUCUCCUGUCCAUGCCGAUGCCGCUGUACGAUGCUGCCCAGUCACUCAAACCUCAGACAGAGCAAUACUUGAGAAAGGUGACAAGUUUUCUCACGGUUAUAAACCUUAGCUUAUCUACUUUACUGAAAACUUUUUAUAUCUCUUGUUCCUUCCCUCCGUGCUUUAUUUCUUAAAUGGUGCUCAAUUAACAAUCCAGUGGAAAUAUAGGAUUCCAUGGCAAAAAAUUAACUAAUAGGCAGGGAAUGAUGCGUAUAAUAAUUUCAGCGCCAAGACAGGUAAGAUGUUGAUUGUUGUUAAGCUGUUGAAGCUCCCAAACUGAGUGCGAGUAGUACAUCUUUUGGCUUCUCCAUGUCGUUUUAACAUAAGGACUCAAACGUUACGCGGGAAAACGUGUCCAUCCCGGUUUUGCUAACUUCGUGUUGUUGCUAUUUACAAAGUUUCACUGAAAUUGAAAGUUCCUUUUUAACUGCUCAAUAAACACCUUAAAACCACUCAGGGCAAACUUCAUAUUUCAAGGUUUUGCAUGCUCUGGAGCAAAGACAGUCUUCCACUUUAAUCUUCAAAAACAGUGAUGAAAGCGAUUCGCAUUGACUCGACAAGUUUAUUGUUUCAUAAAUAUGUUGGUUGUUUCAGAUCGAGAAGUUGCUGCUCAGAAACCAGUCCCCUCAAAAAAUAGUGACAGAUCAAGCCUACAGACUACACCAGGGUCUAUUACUUGCAUCCUCCCAGCAGCAGGUAAGAAAAGCAAAGAAACCAACUCUGCACAUGUUUAAAGGGGCUAUGUGACCAGGAUAUUGCUGUUUUAGGUCAAUUCUAUGCUGAAGUCAUUACUUCAAUAGUACCUUUGCCAGCACAGAAAAUGCUCCUGUAGUGCUAUGAAGAAGAUAUCAAACACACUUCAUCAGGGAGCACUAACCAUAAAACUUAAAAAAAAGUUGACCCAAGGUUUGUCACAGCACGCAGUUGAUAUUGAUAUGUCGGCAUUAGCGAAGUUGGCUUUCUAUGAGUAUCUGGUUUCUGCAUUAACGGGUUUCCGUAUUAAGCGGGUUGAAUUUAGAAAAAAUGUAAAGGACUUUUCCAGGGACAAAGAAAAGUGUCUGGAUUAAGCGGGUGGGUGUCCAUAAAGCAGACAUUGUUCUACAUCCUACUUUUUCUUUGAUAAUUAUACCACAUCCCACAAAAGUAGGAAUAAUAUCCGCGGAAUAUAUCUGCUGUUUGGUUACAGAGAGACUUGGGAAGGGGUAGGUUGUGAAGGGAGUAGUUUUUAACAGGGAGGCAUAUAUCCAAGGGCUCUCUCAUAACCAGACGUUUGCAGGUAUAAUACGUCACUUGUGGACGUACGUCAGUUGUUCUGAACAGUUUCCAUACUUCUCUUUUUGUGUUUUUUUUUUUAGAUGGUGGAUCGCUUAGUUGUUCAGCUACAAGAUCUCAUCAGUGAACUCCGACUCUCAAAGGAAGCUGACGUGAAAAACGAGAUCAAAACAGCCAAACAUUUUAUUCAAGAUGCAGACAAACUCAAGCAGGUGCUCGAAAAAACUUAGGAAAUUUAGAAACGAGGCUGUAAUGCGGGCGUAUUUUGGGGGGCAAGUGACGGCUCCUUGUUCAAGUUCGUAACGCCGUAGCCGCCAUCUUUGAUUUUUUUUGUCAGAAGAGGAUAGGGGAGAGUAGAAAUAGUAACCCGUGGGGUAGACCCUAGGCCUGAAGAAGGAGGCAGGGGAAGGGGGGGGACGAAAAACAUAGAAACAAUACUUAGACAUUUAUAUCAUCUUUAUUCUUAAUACAUAGACUUUUAAGAACACUGCCCCUGGCUAAAGGCUGGUGCAUGAGAAUCUCUCAUUCAAAGAAUGACCGCUCUUAAGUUUAUUUUGUUCGAGACAGCACAACAUAGUUUAGUACAUAUAGAUUCCCCUUCUUCUUUAUUAUUUCGUUAUUCUUGUGUGCCUUCCACCGGCGGUUCCAAUCGCCCGAGCGGGCCCAAUUACCAUCUUGCAUAAAACAAUAAAUUACCAGUCAUCAAGUGAUUUGUUACAUAGCCCACGGAGAAGGGACUUCAGCGAGCGGACAACAUUCGCGGGUAACAAGCCGCUGUUCCCUCUGACGUUAUAGAUUCGCUCAGAAACGUUUGGCGGGAAACAGUUUUAUCGUUUUAUCGUUAGAUAUCAUGUGAUCUCGAAGUAGUCAAAGAGAGCGCGUGCUGUUGGUGAAAACUUUCCAGCGGAAUAUAUAUGUUCAAUAAGAACCCGUUAUAACGCAUACUGUCUCGUACUCUCAGUGUUUGUGCAAGUCUAUUUAUCUUUCCAAUUUUUUUAUUUCUACAUUAUAUCUUUGUUUUAAUUAAUAGCUUCUCCUGAAGUUUCAUUUGUGUACAAAUGACAGCGAUAUCGAGGCGCGGUUUGCUGAGCUUGCUACUGAGUUCUACAAAGCGGCGGAAGAUAAAAUGAAGGUAAGAGAAAGGGCCAUCGCUUAUAAGACACUUUCCACACGGGAACAAGACUGAAAGUGGAUGCUGGGGUAAAAGAUAACCUCAAACUAACAGUAUGUCAGCACCGUAUAACACCCUGUAACACUACGUCAACACCAUGUACCACCCUUUAACACCUCGCAACACUAUGUCAGCACCACGUAACACCAUGUACCAUUUUGUAACACAGUGUAACACUAUGUAACAAUAUCUCAACACAAUGUAACACCGUUUAACAGCCUGUAACACUAUGUCAACACCGUGUAACACCAUCUAACACUGUGUGGCACCGUACAACACCCUCCGAUACUAUGUCAACACCGUGUAACACCAUGUAACACCGUGAAACGCCCUGUAAUACCGUGUAGAACCCUGUAACACUAAGUCAACAUCGUGUAACACUAUGUAACACAAUGUAACACUGUGUAACACCCUCUAACACUAUGUAAACACCGUGUAACACCAUGUACCACCACGUGACACCGUGUAGCUCCCUAUAAUACCGUGUAGAACACUGUAACACUAAGUAACUAAAAAUAAGGUCAAGGUAAAAGGUGCAGGUCAUUAUUUUAUGUCGGUAACCCGCAACAGUACUUCAACUGGCAAAACUGAGGCAAACGGUGCGCUCAUUGUACCCCCUCCCCCUCCGCCUUCCCCCUCUCCCUCAAUUGGUCCUCUGUUUUACUUCUAAAGCUGUUUUCUGGUCAUAUGACGGAAAAAUAACUAACACUUCCCAAACCAUUUUUUGCAGUUCAGAAACUGGGUAUGUUUUCUUUCCUGGAGCGAGAGGACCAUGUUUUCUUUCGGCUUCGGACAUACACAGAAAGAAAAUACGCGCUCUUCUCUUCCCAUUCUAUUCUCUUUUCGCUUCUGUUUUCAUCUUGGCGGGGUGGCCACGUCCAGAGCUAGAAAGGAUACCGUCUUUUUUGUUGGUGACUAGACCCAGGACUGUCGCACGACCAAAAGGGAAUAGGGGGAGACGUGUUGUAAUCUAAUCAAUUUAUCUUUUCCUCUAGAGCAACUUAGACAAGAUGAUUGAUUGUGCAAAAGAAGCUUGUCCUUAUGUCACUUCUUCAGACGUAAGCUACGAUGUUUUUUUUUUUUUUUACGUUAUCUUAUAAUAUUGCUCCAUUAUGUUUCAGUGGGAAAUCGCCUGGUUUGUACACAAGUAACUUAAGCCCUGGCCUUGCACAACUUCAUAAUGGGAUUUGGGUGAGCUUAUGGACGAAGGGUUCUUUUAUAAAAGCAGUACAAAAAAAUACUAUCGAGAGAUGCUGUAAGCUACGACAUUGUUCCACUUUCCUAUCGGUGUGUCUGGGGAGGGGUUUCUUUUAGCGGGGUGGGAGGUAGCUUAUUAGCGGAAUAAUGUUUUCAUUUGCAUGCAGAUGGACGGGUUCACCUAUAACUGUCUUUUUACGGUGUCAUGCUGUUCUCUGCUUAGUCAUUUUCAAAAUACCCUUUUCUUUGCCGCUGUUAGGACGUGAAGAGCCGUCUUGAAGCAGUUGUACAAGACAAGUCACAGCUUAGUGAAACAUUUGUACAGGAGGUGAUACUGUCUCAAGCUGCUGCAGGAAUCGUUAAUAGACUAAGGUAAAACUUCAGGAGAAACCUCUUUCUGAAUAACCUCUUUAACCAAGAGGAGAGAAGUGGAACGGUGAGGAAACGCACAGUCUAGCUCCUUGGUAUUUUUUAAUUUUAGGACCUAUUAAACGCUUGAAAUUAAUCGGAAGUUGGUUUCCAUAGAGGUCCACAAUUUAUUAUUCUGUAUUAUCGAGAGAAUAAUGGGACAGUAUGAUUUCUUACUGUGUCGCCAUUACAAUAUUCUGCCUUGUUUGCUUUGAGGCAGUCGCGUGGACUUGAUGACGUUUUAAAAAAAUGCACUUUAUUUGAGUGUCAAUGUAUUUAGCACAAAAGUGCUAAUUGGGGUCACUAUUUUUACGUCUCCUAACGGAGACGGGACCGCCAUUUUUCGUGGUCAUUCGAGCCACGCGAAGGUCCAGCCGCUUGCAGUACAGAGGAGUACCUUCGUUUCUCAGUUAUUUUAAGACCUUAAGUGCUGGUCCGGCCCUGGGAUCGAACCCGCGACUUCCCGCUCUGCAGUUGUCCAUUAUUCUGUCUUGCUUUGACCUUUUCCUUCUCAGUAUCAAAGAUGGAGUCUGGAAAGGCGGUUCUAACUUUUGAGUCUGUGGUCAAAAUGCUGUACUGUGACCAUUCAAACUGUACCUCUCUGCGAGUACCGUCACAUGGCUCUAUUUGUUUUUUCAGCAUUUACAAAAUGGAAUUUGGAAAUUUUGUCGAACUAUGAUUUUGACCACCUCUGGGAGUGAAACGGUCAUAGAGCAUUGAUCAAGAGUUGGCAAUAACCUUAGUGACGAAACCCACCCACUCCUAGAAAUAACCCGAGAUAAAACUCGGCAGGAUAGGAAUCCGCGAAGAGUUACCUCUUCUUAGUUAUUUCUGCCGUCUGACAAAAUCGCCUUCGUCCUCUCUCGUUCAUCUCUUUAUUUCACACUUUUUUUGCCGACUGCUCAAAAGGAAUAGUAGCGAUAUCAGCGACAUCCUUGCCGGGCGCUCUUAGUUACACGUUUCCAGUUCAGUCGACUCACUCGCCUAUAAACAUUUAAUCCCUUGACUUUGUUUUACAGUGAAAACAAACUCACAUCAGCAUCUGUUAUGGCUGACGUGAUCAUGGAGAUGGUGAUACAUCAGCUUGAGAACAGCGCAAGCAAACUGGUGAGUGCGAACGAGUGGGCAGACUGUUUUGUGCCACAUCAUGGCUACGCUCAUUCGGUAUCGGACGAAUUUCGACCGGCUGAAAAAUUUGACAAGACACUUUGUUCACGCGGAACCGUUCAAUAUUUUCGAUCUGUUCAGACGGAAAUUUGGGCGGCCAGGGGUCUAAAUUUUCGUACGGUUAAGGUGGGUCCGUGUGAACGCAGGAAAAUUCGCCCCAUGCCGUGUGAACAUAACCCAAGAGAAGAUACUAGUAACUGCAUUAUAACCAAACUUCGUUUUUUAAAACUUCGUCUCUGUUCCCUCAGCUUCGCUGAUGAGGAUGUGUCUUGCAGUGAAAUUGUAAACGGCGUACAACAACUCUAAUGAAUAAGUGUGGGAAAGUCGCCCUGAGGUGGAUGUUUUGGCUGUGCGCCAUGUUAACAGGAAAUGUUUAUUAUUACACAUCCUGUCAAAGGGAAUGUAUCACGGCUAUCUAGUUCAUUAAGUUUUCUGUUAAUAUGGCCAACAACGCGGCUCAAUGCGCGAAGGAACUUAACAUUAUCUGCAUCAAACAAAUUUCUCUUCCAAUACAUCACAUCAAACGUCAUCAGCAACAAAAAUGAACUUUAAAAAAGUUGUUGCGCUAGCAAGUUUUCAAAAACCACAAUUGCAAUCCGUUUUCAUCUUCUUCCAUUUUGUCCACAAGAGCGUUCUUUUUUAUUUGCUAUUUUAUUUAUGCCUUCAUUGAGCGGUUUUGAGCGUUUAUUUGUAUAUAUAACUCAACUUGAUGGAAGCGCUUACUGAAUUUUUGAUAAAUUCAGUGACACGGCUCAUGUAAGUGACAAUUGUUCUGCUUGAUCACUUAUUCUAUAACCUUGUGUUCAUUGCUUUUAUGAAUUGUCACCUUUCAGCAAUCUGUACAUCAGACUCUACAAGAGUGAUUUCCUUUUUUAAUGCAGUGAAAUUUUGUCGUUAAAUGACAUUUCUUUGCGGUUAUCCAACUAGUUUCUUGUUACGUGAAUGACGAUAUCACUUGUUGACUCUUGAAGCACCAAUAUCCACAAACAGAUUUCCAAGACUGAUCUCCAUACAUUUUCUUGAAGAAUUAGUUGAGAGAAUUUAAUUAAAGAUCAGAGCAUUUUCCCUUUGGUGAUCACUGUAUUAAAAUUCUCGAAACUUUUUCCUUUGAGGAUGAAUAAAUAUUGUUAGGAGAAAAUACUAUUGGGAAUCCAGAGGAACUGAUUUUAUUGUCAGCUGCAGAAGGUGAUCUGUCAAUUAUUAUCAUUGCCAAAUGAAAAAAAAAAAAAAAAAAAAAAGAGGAAAAAAAGUUGAGCCCGCGAGACUAUUGACAUUCACUGUGAAAAGACUAUUCAUAUAGAGCCCGUUUUCCUAGCAGUUCGAACCUCCAUGAUACAUCGCAGAGACAGUCAGAUAACAUGGAACAUGUUGCGUGCAGGAAAAAAAUACAUUCAGGUUUGCAUUAAGCCGAAAGUAGUGCCCCUGUAAGAUUUUAGAGGUAGCGUGGUACUAAUAAUAACGAAACGUUUGUGAAAGCGAUCGCUCUGAACAGGAAAUAAAUCGAUGUCAACAUUGCACGUUAGUAAGAAAUCAACCAAAAUGCACAGAAAUUGAAAUUUCACAAAAACUCGAACGGGAUUCUUAGUGUAAUUAGUGUAAUAUUAAGACAGUAACUAAUUUUUUAUAAAACAAUGGGUAUAAUAACAGUACCAGAUCUAAGCAUAAAGGUAGAUCUGGUAGAUCUUUAGCCUUUUGCCUCUCGAAGAUGGGGUCAUUGGACAACUCUAAAACUUUGCUGCCUAUGUCUGAAACUCUUUGGCCAUUUCCUUAAGAUAAAUACCCUUUUUCGCAUUCAAGUGUGGCUUGUCUAAUGGCAUAUUUGAACUCAUUUAUCAAGAAUUCUCGUAUGUUAGUGCAUUUCAGUAGCUUGUAAUUAUUCUCACCGUCAUUACGCUUUUCGUUAUUUUCCAAUUCUUUGCUGGGCACUCAAGUGUUUCCUUCAUAUUUGUUUCUCAUUAAUUUUUACUUAUUUUAUUUUGUAAUUUUUAAUUGAGAACUCCGCUGUAAAACACUUGGUUUGAUGACAGUCGACAUCCUCACUUAAGAUUUUCUUAAACAAGGAAAGGGAAAAUGAAUAACCAAUUUCGUCUGAAUGCUAAGGGAAGUUACGUACCACCGGUUUGAAUAUCUUAAAUGUUAAGACUUGUUUUAUCAUAUCUGCUUUUUAUUCGAGAAUGUUGUGGUGAAUGAGCAAGGAGACUUUUCUCGUAAGGGAUUUUGUCAAAAGUAAUGUGCGAUGAAAUCUCUGCUACACUAUUGACUUAUGUUGAUCAAUUAUAUCGUGACAGGAACUACUUCUAAGAGACUAUCGAAACAAGGUGGAGGAAGAGGAGAAAGACGUCGAGAAGGCCGCGGACGAGGAUGAUGUUGCAGCGGUAAGAAGCACUUUGAUCAUGCGCACCUGACGAAUUUUAACACUCAGAUUUCAGAUUUUUUUGUUUCUAUUUUUAAUUAUUUAUUUUCUCGCUAUCUAAAGAUGUUAAUACAUACAUUACAAUAUAUUACAAGAACAGAAAAAAAGAAGAACUCCAAUUGACAUAAAUGGUGAAGGGAAAAUGUGAGCGGUAACCAAAGGAGGUUAGGUUUUCGAGUUGUUUACUGUCACGUGCAAUUAAGUGGCAUAGACAUUUACAUAAAGUUACAGGAAAGGACGGAAGAAAAAAGAUUGCAAAGUCUUACAUUCUUAUGUAAAAACAAUAGAAAGUGAAAGGUAAUAAAUUGAAAUUAUUAUUAGUAGCAGGCACUGCCAGAGAAAUCAAAGUACCUAUUGGGUAUUUAGAAGGUAAAGUCUGUACUGCUUGUAAAAGUCGUUGUAAGAUAAUAUUUUUUUAUUCCGAGUGAAUAGUUCCUAGAUUUUACAUGCAACAAAAGAAACAGUGACAGCUCCAAAGUUAUUACUUAUCCACUCAAGUGGCAAUAUUCCAUUUAGUUAGCACUAACCAAUAUUGAAAUGGAAAAUACAGGAGCAGUUACCAAAUUCUAUGAUUAUAAAGUGUCUUUUUCUAUAUUUAGUAUUGUUCUACUUACUGAUUUGUUUAGUGCCCAGUUCUUAUUCUAAAAGACGAAACUUAGCAGAUGUCACGCGUCUGUCGCGUAUGAAAAUGACCUUCCUCAUGACUUCCCGAAAGUCAUGAAUAAUAACCGGACGUUUUGCGUUUAGCUUGAGGAAACGAUUCUGUAUGUUAUAAAGUGCUUAAAAGCUUUUCUUUUAUCAAGUAUAGUAUAAUGUUAUGACGUAAGGGCACUUAAGAAGGGAAAAGAUCAACUUCAGGUUUUAAUUCGUCAAGUCGAUGAUGACUUAAAGACUCAGGACGUGACGGUUUCUCGACGGAGAGCACGUAUCUUAGAUAGUACAUUCCCCCAUGUCAUACUAGAUGGCUAAAACUGGGAGGCGAAUCUACAAUUGCUUUGAAACUAGAGAAACUGAUAUCUAACACACCUCUGUGUCCGUUCAAUUUUAUUCCUAUUGUUUGUUUUUCCAGGUUGCUCGUAAAGCUCGUAACCGCCUCAGUUCUUCACAGCUAGUGGUACCCGUAACAGAUGGAACGGACGGUGGAGGUAGGAGCCACAGGAGACGACCCACGGUCAGCAGACGCCCGCACCACGGCAGGUUAGAGGAAGAAAAAGAAGAGGAAAAGGACAAAGAAGAAGUCAAGGUUGAUAGAGUAGACGGCUUGGAAAAGUCGCCACCUCAAAUAGUUGUAAAAGCAGGUUAGAUUUUAUCUUGUCGAACACAAAAACGUUGAGUUCUGAUAAUGAUGUGAUGGCGAAUUUUGAGCCUGGUAAAUACACGAGAAAGAUGAUUUCUCACACACUGAAUGCCAUUUGUCUGCCACACAACAAUGCAACAGUGCUUUAAUUCCAUCUAUCACCAAAAUUUUACAACAAACAAGGAAAGUAGAAAAACCUUCCUGAACUUUAUGCACGGCGGGCGGGAAGGAGGGGGGAAAGGAGGAGGUUAGAAAACACUGUUGCACUGUUUAGCAAGAAACAAAACUGAAUCACGUGAUUAUCGUGAAAACUGAUACCCUAAAUUGUAACUCGUACCCAGGUUCCAUUCAGUGUGAGGGAACUUCAUUUCUUGCCUCUUUCGCAAGCUCAGUGACACAGGCGGCUCGGAAGAAGAUAUCCGAGUACUUCCAAAUGUUUCUAUGGGAGUCAAAUCUCUGACCGUCUGGUUACUAGUCCAGAUGCUCUACCACAAAGCUACAGGAGACUCAAGGGAGCUAAGGCCACUAACCUAAGCCCUAGGAUUUCACGGUAACAAAAGUUUCCGGUACCUUGUGGUUACCGUGGUCUUAAAAUAACGGAACCAAAAAAAAUAGUAUUCCAGUGCCAUAUUUAGCCUUAGGGAUCCAAUUACAGAAAUUCUUUAGUUUUCCACACAGAGUCUUAUAACUAGUAGGUCAAUUCAAUAGUUAUGACUCAUUUACGAAACUGAAAUGUUUAGCAUCUAUCAGUUCCAUCUUGAAUCAUUCUGAAAAAAAGCAUUAUACAUUGCUGGUUUAUGGCUUCCAGCGCCAAGAAAAAACUAACAUUUAGAGGAUGGGUUCCCAUGAAUUUUCACGGAACCAAAAAAUUGUUACUGAUGGUUUCCCAUGAUCUCUGGACACGGAACCGAAAACUUGUUUUCCAUGGGAACUGAAAUCCUAAGGCUUGCUAAACUAGUUUCAUGUGACAAACGUAUGUAAAGUUCUGUGCCUCAUUCGAAACCAACUGACAGAUCUCCAACUCCGCAGUAAUAUCUUUAGGACCGAUUGGGUAGAGAGGUUCAACUUAAUAUUAUAUAACACCUAUUCCCAGAAUGAAUGAAUGAAUGAAUGAAUGAAUGAUUUAUUUAAUGUCGAAGACGUGGGAAGUGUUUGCACAAUCUUCCGAGCCAGAGGCAAACUAAAAAAUACAAAAGAAGAUAAAAUGUGAAUUAUGCAUAUACAAAUAUUAAGAAAAAGCUAAAAACAUCGUAAUGCAAUGGAAAGCGCCAGUUUAAUUCAGUACUUGCCAAACUUCCCUCCCAAACCCCGCCCAGUCCCCCCCCCCACCCACUUCUGUCUGGCCAAGAUUUCAUUCAAGAAAAAUUGACUCAAUAGGGGCGUAAUCAUUGCCGGAGUUGUUCAAUAAUUGUUUGAGGAUCUUUGGAUGAUUUAUCGAAUGUUUUUUUAUAAAAAAAAUAAGGGGGAACGUUGAAGAUUGUGGAAAAUUAGAAAAUAUUGGAUUUGGGGUUGUUGUGAAGGGAAUAAUGAUAAAUAUGUGGACAAAUACCAGACAGUCCACUUUCGCAACAAGGUGCCCCUGAGCUCAUUAGCUGACUAACCUUAAAUUUUUCAUUUUCGAUUUUAACCCCAUUUCCCCCAAAAACAAGCAUUCUUGCCCGUUAAACCAAUCCGUUUUUGAUUGAGAUGGUUAAAUCAGUUUGUGGACAGUAGCUUUAGAGGAAGGGGAUAAUUCUCUGGUUCCUAAUUUCAGACUUCACUGAUAUGGAGCCCAAGGCCUCAGAGUUGAAGCACUUGGUAAAAGACCGCGCUCGUCCCCCUCAGAAAAGGCGCCUCCCUACCCGUCCUUCUAACCGCACGGCUGCCUCUAACGUUUCUAAUAAUGGCGACGAGAAGGCAGAGGACGAGAACAUUGAGUUAUUUUGGAACAAGCCUGUGGACGUGUAAGUGUCAUAUCUUGCAUUCGUCCUUGUAGUAUUUGUAACUGAAGUAUUCCGGUUUUGCAUUCAAACGUUACAAGCAACAAUUAUGAACUUUAAAAAAAUCAGUUAGGCAAACAAGUAUCCGAAAACCACAAUAGUCCAGUUUCGAAUUAAAAAUUACCGCUGUAUACAAACUUUAACCACACAUUCAUACAGGGUUAGCCUCGGCGUAAAGUGAAAUAUUCAGCAAUUCCGGCAAGUAUGUGUUCGAAAUUUGACUAUACACAAUAGACAGAGUAAGAAACAAGUCUUUUUCUCGUUGGAAUUUGUGAAUAUAUAACUUCAGGUAGAGGCUAAGCCUGUAAAAAAUGCGUCUUCACUUCGUCAUUGCAGCGGUCAUAGCGAACUCGAAACUGGACUAUAGGACAAUUGCACGAUGACGUCAUUUUACUACAACUACCAGAGUUCCUGAGUUUGUUGUUUUCUUGUGCAAAUUAAGGCUAUUGUUCUUUAAUCGUCAGCGGGAUUGACAGAUUUAAAUAACAAAGCAAAACCGAAAUGAAUUCUGGUAGUUUUCAAAUAUCGUCAUCGUGCAAUUGUCCUAUUGCAAUCCGUUUGAAUCUUCUUCAAGUUUGUCCAUCCCUGUCUUCUUUUGUAUAUAAUGUGUUGUGUUAUUUAUACUUUCGUUCCAUGGUUUGAGUAGUUAUUUAAUGUUUCACUCAAUUUGGUAGCGGUUGCCGCUGUUUGAAUUUUGAUGAAUUUCGUAACAUAGCGCCUUUAUUUUCUUAUAUCAGACCCACCGUGGAGGUUACUCCUGAGGUAACUCAGCCCACGAGGAAAACUUCAACGCCAAAGACUCCUCCCUCCAGCAAGACCACUCCCCCCAGACCGGCUCCGAAACCAAAACCUUCUUCCAAAACUAAAGAACCUGAGGUGAGAUACUUGAACGCGUUAGCAAUUAGCCGUUUGUAGCUAGUUAUGCACGUGGUAUAAAUGCGCCUUACUGGAGAGCAGGGACAUUCUGGAACAAUACUAUGAAGGGAACUGCUAUUUUAAAGGGGCUACGUCAUGAUAGCCUGCGUUGCAGCCGGCCCACGCACUCGUAUAUAGAAGGUUUAGAGCGUCUGCGACGCAGGCUACGUCAUGAAUACGUUACUGUUUUGGUUCAAUUCUGUGCUUAAAGUCGUUUGUCAGUGAUUUUUCCCAUGGACAAAAUGCUGGUAUAGUGUUAUGAGGAAGAUAUCAAACGCACUUCGCCAGGGAGCAUCUACCAUAAAAUGUUGUGGUGAUUUUAGUGGGCACAAUUUAAGUUUCAGUCCACGACCAUCCCCUUUCAAUGUUUGUCUUCUCCCUGUGGGUCUCUUUCUCUACAGCAUGGUGGUUAGGGAGCUUAAGCAACAGCGUUUUUGAGCGAUGGACGUCAACCGGAAGUGGACUUAGCAAUACAAAUAUGUUAGCGUCAAGGUAUAUAAAAGGGAGAAGGCCUCUCUUCCGGUUGACGUGCAUCGCUCAAAAACGUCGUUGCGUAAGCUCCGUAUUGACUCGCUGCCAAGGGCCUGUUAUGGCCUCAGGUGACAAAGUUUCCCUGAGCUUUCCUGAUCUCUACAACAGGGUUUAUGUAGAAAACGAUGAACCACAUGCAAUUUAAGCCGCUGAGUCCCAAGAGUGAUCAACAUCAAUUUUCUCCUAACACUGUCAAUACAUAAUCAAGAAUAAAGGUGAUGAUUACCAAAGAGUGAGUUUCUCUCAACUCAUUUCUCAAGGAAAUGUAUGGGAAAGAAUAUUGAGAAUUUGUAUUUGGAUAUUGGGUCUUCAAGGGUUAAUACACGCUGUUUAAAGCUACAGAAAUUGUGCCCAGGCCAUCAGAACUGGAUUCCAUUUGGUUGAUGUUGUUAGGAUUAUGAUAAUUUAUGCCGUUCAAUGAACGUUUCUCAUUGGCUAAUUUUUUGACAUGUGGUUGUUGAUAUAUUAGUACUGUUCUGUUCUUUUCUCGCGCUGGUCCUUGUAAACUGUGACACAGCGUAUGUUAAAGGAUAAAUGCCCAAAGAGUGCCGAUGGGUUUGAAUCUUUCUAACAGAUGUCUGGAUCUCAAGGAAGAUUAAUGGAAACACUGUCUUUCCGAUGCAUAGGUCGAAAAUUCUUAAUAUAAUUUAGAAUUAACACUAUAAAGCGGUAGUACAAACUAGAGGUAUUUUUAUACUGAAUAUUUUGUUUUAACUACGAAAAUUUUUCGUAAACAGGAAAAUAAAAAGUCAGGUUGGAUGCCGAAAGGGUGAGUAAACAAACUUUUUGAGUAAACGAUAAACGAUAAAAUGUCGUGUAAUCCGAGAUCAGACGCGUAUUGACGAUGUCGGAUCUUUAUCGAUCCCGUUCUAAACAGCUUCUCCUGUUCGACCCCGUGUACCAAUUAAUCGCCGUUUUUCAAAUGAAUAACCGCUGGCCAUUUCCUGGUGUGUACAAAACCCGCUAACCGAACGCUUUCCGAGAGAGGAACGAAGCUGCCGAGUAUUUAACAAUUAUUCCUCGAGCCCGAAUGGGCUCUGGGUCAAUACCCCAUGGAGGGGGCUAUUGAUUCAGAGGCCAUGAGGGCGAGAGGAAUAAUAAUUAUUCUCGAGACAAAACAACUUAAGCUAGCAAAACGCGAUUCAGCCGCCAUUGUUUUGGUUUUCAAAAUCGGCCCUUUUCGCUUCUAGUGGGUUAUAACAUAUAGCCUAGUAGUACCUCAACCAAGCAGAACGGAGCAUUGAUAAUAGACCACUAGUUGGAUUUUACUUAAUACUGUAAGCUGAUCUUUUCUUCUUACCGGAGUUUAUUCUUUUGGCCACGGUAUAUAUGUUAAAUAAGGAAGCUGUAACGCGGGGAUAACGUAAUCGAAAGAAAUCAUUGUCAUAGGGUCAAAUAAGUCUCAAAUCAAGCCAACAAAUGGUAGCCUGUCAAUUGGCUUUAACAUGCCAUAGUUCGAAUUCUUUACUUGCUUAGUCGCGUUUGAGGAAGAUGUGCAGUUUAUAGCCGUAAAACGUAGUCAUCGUGUUCUUACAAAUCAGUCCGAUGUUAGACCAACAACUUAUUGUUUGUAAAGUUGUGUUUAGUUGUGUUUCAGGAAGAUGGACAGCUUAUGGCUGUAAAACGUAAAUUCACCGUGUUGUUACAAAGCAGUGCCAAGUCUGGCAUACCAACCAAUGGUUGCGUGUGAAAAUGCCUUGACGUGUCGUUGUUAAAAUGUUUUACUUGUUUAGUUUUAUUAGCUUCAUGCUACACAAGCAGGGCUAACUGACCUGCUACUGUGGCCUCCUUGGCUUGCGUGCGCAUCUUCAUUACCUUUACCUUAACCAUUGUGUUUCGUGCUUUUUGUUAUUUCAAGCUUGCGUUAAAAGCGGAAGUUGUGUAUUCUGAUCUUCCUUAGGGACAGAGAUAAGCUGGAACGCUCAGUAGCACGCGUUCACCUGGGAGCAACCGUUGAUGACUUCAUGUUGUUAGUGUUGGGAAUCGUGUUAGCACAUUGCACUAUGACAACAGAAAAUUACAUCACAAGACAUAUUAGCUUGAAUGAUUCGCACUGCUCACAGUUUCAGCGCCAAAUUUUGCGCCCGCUUUGUAACUCCACGGAGCCCUUUUCACUUUUGUAAACAAGCGUCGCUAGUAUUAAGGCAAUUAAAACUUUUUUAAACUAUUAUUCUAUUUUUUCGAAUCACCAUAAUACAAUCUGUUUCCCCCCAAAAUUUUGCAUAAACCUUUGUUUACAAAUGCGCAUAUUCCAGCAAUAAGUCAGACGAACCAAAAAAAAGAGAAAUUCACUACCCAGAAUGGAACCCGGUUAGCCUGCAAGCUGUACAAAAGCCUUUGAUGGUAAGCGUAAAACUGAAGAAAAAACUAUAUUUUAUUGUUUUUCAGAGGACUCAACAUCGGUAUACCUGGAUUUUUAAAGAAGAAGCACAGAGAUCGCUCUGCAACAGCUCCAGGACCACCGGAAUCUGCUUCCACUGCCUGGUACACGAAUAACGGUAAACGAAAUAACCAUUACCAUUUUUGAUAAUAUUUACAUUUAGCCAACGCUAAAAGCCGAGCUCUCGUGGGAAGUUUUGAGAAAUGUCUUUCUAAAGUAAAGUUUUUGUGAGCCUGUGAUCACUUUAAUACCAUAACUGGUCAGCGGAGAACUUUUAAAAAAUUUCACCUCAAUGAGUUGUACAUCCGAGCUCGCGAUGCAGUUAUGUGGUACUGGUCAGCGAAUACCCUAUUUUGACAGCUGUCAUGUGAUCAUAACAUGAGUGUUCAAUAUCAAGUAAAACACGAUUUGUAUAUGGCUUGGACUUUGAAGCUAAUGGAUAAGACAUUUCACAUUCGCUAACAUGGAGGGGUGGACAAACGUACGGACUUGCGGCCGAUUUCGUCAGGACCAAAUGUUCGUAGAUGCAUAGAUAACCAAAUUUUCGUACCUAUGGUGCUUCGGUUUGCGCACACAAAGGCACCAAAUUGAGGCUUAGGUUUAGCUUAUGGGAUAAUAAAUAUUGAAUUUUGAAGCCAGUUUCAGAGCUCGAAAGAAGUUUCCUUCGGUAGUCCGCGACGAGUAGAUUUUCCUGCCGGGAACUACGGUAACUUUUACAGCUUACUGGCUCCAGGCAAGUCAUCUUCGAACAAGAAGUGGCCCUGAGCAAGCCAAAUGUAAGAGCUGCUUGCCCAAACGAUAAGAUUGAAUUCAGGUUUUUUUUUUUGAGCGCUAAGUCUUUUAGACAACUUGUUCAUUGUAGUUAAGUUUCUCCUCCAACUUUAAGUUACAAUUCAGGUUUGUCCGACUUGAGAUACUAUGAAAGUUCUGAGCGCUCUUUUUUUCCUAUCGAAGAUUUUGCAUAUCCGUAGCCUGCGCAGCAAGCGCUUCCGUGUGGUUUCGGAGCAAAGAAAGACCAAGGAACGACGAGGAACGGGAUUUUCGGUUUUGGCCACGCGCAAAAUGGAACGAGAGCCCCCUUUUUUCACGCGGUCUUUGACUGUCGUUCCUCGUUCUUUGCUCCGAAACUGUAUCGAAGCGCUUACUACGCAGGCUAGUACUGAUAUCCGCCGUAAAGUAAUCUUAUGUUGAUCUAAUCUCUUUGUAUUGGAAACCUGUCUUGGUGUUUCAGCUGAAAAGAAGAAAAAAGGCGAUUCACCGAAACAAAGCAGACAGAGGGCAGCUUCGGAGAACAGACCAGACGUAGAAAAGACCCCGCCUGAAAAGAAAAACGAAAAAGAAAAGGUACCCUCGGUUAAAAAACCGGAGGUAUCCAAAGAAAGAACACCAUCUGAAAAGAAACUGGAAGUUAAGCCAAGUGAAAAGAAGCCGGAAGUAGCGCCCACCGAGAAGAAACCGGAAGUUACGCCAAGUGAAAAGAAGCCAGAAGUAGCGCCCACCGAGAACAAACCGGAAGUUACGUCAAGUGAAAAGAAGCCGGAAGUAACCCCGAAUGAAAAGGAACCGGAAGUAACCCCGAGUGAAACGAAACCGGCGGUAAUCCCGACUGAAAAUAAACCAGAAGUAAUACCAAGUGAUAAAAAAGAAGAAACUCCAACCGAGAAGAAAGGAGAAGAGACAAUAGGAAGGAGGCUCUCAGAUAAGAAACCGGAACUGGUAAGACCGCCCAUAAUGGGCGUCAAACCGUUUGCCCUACCGCGUGACAAAGCCACUACAGACUCAACCGUCCGACCCAGUGCUCCUCAUCCACGUGACAGAACAGCCACGAGUGAUAAAGGUUCUUCACAGACCACCUCUGACGAGGCCGCCUCGGCACCUGCACCUGCUGUCAAAAAACCGCCCAAAUUUGGAAUUGGAAUGGGAGGAUUAGCGGGAGGAGGACUUUUGGCUGAAAUGAAACAGAGACAAGAGAGAGCGGCCAGCUUAAAAAAGGUAAGUAAAGUCAUUUAGUUUGAUUAGAAAUUGACAAAGCACCGCGACUACAGUAGGAUACACACACUCCUAUGAAACCGUGUCAAACUAUUCAUCCAAGUGAUUGAUCAACCAAGUGGUCCAUAGUUUAAUGAACUGUCCGCUUCUAUUCUAGCGCACCGGUCUACUACAGCUUCUUUACGGCUUGGUAUCAUUAAAAUAUGUCUCAUAAGUAUUAUUUCAAUUGUGACAAACAACAAAAAUGAUUUUUGAAAAACUGUUAGGCUAACAAGUUUUUAAAAACCGCAAUUGCAAUCUGUUUUAAUCUUCUGUAAGUUUUCCCCCCUUCCGUUCCUCUUUUCCUAUUUGCUGCGUUAUCUAUGCGGUUAUUUUGGUUCCACGCACUUUGGUGGCAACUCUCACUGUUUUUCUUUUCAUACAUUUCGUGACACAGCUCGUUUAAGCUCUUUCUUUUGUUUCAUUUUACAGAAUAAAACGCCUGAAAAGCCAGCGGAGACCAAACCAGACGAGAAAGAUACCGGAAGUAAGGGAGCUGAUGUGGAAGUAUCCAAGGAAACGUUGGUAAAACCAUCUUCAGUAAAAAGACCUAGGUUACCGUCUGGUACCCCGCCUAAACCCGCCCCGAGGCCAAAGCCUAAACCUGCAGAGAACAAGGAAGAAAAACCGGAAGAGAAGAAGGUGGAAAAACCGGAAAUCAAACUGGUGAAGAAACCGGAAGAGAAAAAAGUAGGAGAACCCAAAGCAAAAGUAGAGGAGAAGGUGGGUGCGAGUAAGACAAAUGUAGGGGAAGAGAAGAAAGAAGAAGAAAAAGUGACUGAAGUUGAUGGAAAGAAGGAGGCGGGCGCAAAGGAGGGAGAGACAGUAGAAGAGGGAACUAAACCGAAAAUGGGAAAGACGGAAAAGGAGAGAAAGGCAAGUGAAAAAGAAUCUGAACAACUUAAACAGGAAAAAGAGGCCGAGACGAAGGACGUAAAAUCCACAGAGGACAAAGUAGAUGGAAAUAAUGAAAAGCGAGAAACGCAAAAAUCCGAGACCAUAGAUAAAGGAGUGAUUGGAAGCAGGCGGACUGGUACACUGGACGACAUCUGGGUCCAAAAGGAGUCGGGAAUACAAGCUCUCAGACCUGGUGGUCGAUCCAACUCGCUUAAGGUGCAGCGAAGUACCUCGAUCGAAAAAACGGCUGCCCGAUCAGCCACUUUGCCCAAACCCUGGUCACCAGGGCAGGGUCCGUCCAGUUUGUUAACGAGAAAGCUAAGCUGGGAACCGCCUUCAGUCGGUGAUGAAGAGUUUGUUAGGAAGGAGAAAGACCGAAGUGGGAACAGAGGGGAAGAGACCAUACAAGAGGUCGCUGAGGAGCAGAGUAAUAAAACGUAGGUAGUUUGUUUGAUUCGUAGUGUAUAUAGCCUGCGUUGCACUCGGGUACGUAUCGUCUAGACCAUUAGUAUGGUCCGUCUAUACAGGAGGUUUAGAGCGUCCGCGUGCGACGUAGGCUAUAGAGUAUAGUACCUAUCCGAUUCUCCUUAUUAGAGACCUUUAGAUUCAUGGACGAGGACGACGACUGCAAGGUCGAAAUUUCUCUAACAGAAUUAUCGCGUGUUCUCAAAAGUUAGCUACCCUGGAAACCUUCAUUUUACUUUUUUCAGCAGAAAAGUUAGCAAGCUAAGGUUAUUUCUUUUUAAAUAAGUUGAGCCCUCUCCUGAUCGCAAAAUGAUUAAACGUCCAAUAUUUGAUAAAUUGUUCCCGCCAUUACGAUAUUUUGGCUAAAAGCCGUAGUAGAAUGACGACGGCUAUCGCGUUUUUCCGCCAAAAUGACGCUGGUUCAGGCAGAGUACAAUACCGUUUAAUCCCCCAAUCAGUAAUCUUAUUACUAUGGAGUUGCAUCGACGACUACUCGGUCAACCAAUGCAGCGAAACCACUUUUAUCUUGCAUACUUUAUAGUAUUGAGAAAAUCUCGUUCUUGUAGUCGUCCUCGUCUUAGAAUCUAAAGGUCUCUAUCAAUUCUUAAGUUAACGUUAGAGUCUGUGAACAAAAGACAUGUGUUUUGAGCUUCCAGACGAAGCUUCUUCGCCAGCACCUUCGCAAGUGAUAACUCCUUUGUUUUUUGUUUUGUUUUGUUUUUUUUUUUUAGUUUACAGAGUGGCAUUUUCGUUUCUUCUUGAGUUUUGAUGUUGGUAGUAGUAAGAGUUAAAAAGUGUAACUGGUGAUUUCUGAACUUCGCACGUUUCAGCACUAGGCUCGUACUUGUAGACCGCGAGGGAAGGGCAUUAUCGCAUGAAGAAAACUUUGAAGGCAUUGUUCUUUCUUCGAACUUUGGCAUGAAUUCGGUUGUUUGACAAACAUUAUACAUAUCACGUUGAGUUUUAACAAAAUGGAAGUACCACCUUAAAGAAAUUCACUGUUUUCAAAGGCUGCCUUUUUCGUCAGAGACGUUGACUGACCUCUGUGAAGGACCAGUCCUUAGUUUGAGUACCGUAGGUUGAGGAAAACUGCGUUGUCGUCGUAGUUCAUGAAUGAAAUUUACGUGUUUUACUCCCAAGCCGACCUUGUGGGCUUUUUCUAACCGUUCCUCAACCUUUCAACUGAUCUUUAGAAUAAAGUUAAGUUAACCUGGCGUUUGAAGUAGAGUUUUACGUUAUCUUGUUUCGUGUUUAGGUCAAUUGCUGCUACUGAAGAAGGCAAAGAUACCAAGGAGAACGGAACAGUACCAAAGAGCCCGAAAGCGGUUUCCCUGGAGGACAUCUUAAACGAUGAUGGAGACACAGUACUAUGA